ACGCACACACAUACACACUCGCACACACAUACACACUCGCACACACAUACACACUCGCACGCACACACCUGUAUAUUGCGAGUGCGUGUGAGCAGGUGUCUGCGUUUGUCAUUCGAUUGUGUCGUCUGCCAACAGACAAAAAAGCCUCCCAAAAUGUCUAAAGCAGACGACACCAUCUACACAUAUAUUUUAUAUAACGAUGCCUUACAAACAGUAGAUAGUUUGCGACUUUAUUGAAAUGACUGAAUAUUAUUUUUUGUACUUCAUAGAAGAACAAGUUCAUGGACAUCAAAUCCAAAAAGCCAAAAAUUAUUCCAGAAGGAUUAUCCGAAGGAUUCUAUUUCCAUUUUGAAAAUUAUCAGCUUUCACUUAUAAAUCCCACGAUAUUUCAAAAAAUUGCUUUAGAGAAUGUCUUGAAGUGAAAGCAAAAGGAAAAGAAGUUUUGAAAAUAUAAAUCUGUAGAUUUUUAUUUAAAUUUAUGUAAACAGUUCCAAACAAGAUAAAGCCCCCUUCUUCCAAAAAAAUGUUGCCGGACUACCAAGCCCUGUCGUGGGUCGUCCUCUGCCCAAUAGCCAUAGUGACAAAUUGCUUUGGUGCCAUCAUCAUUAGCCAUUAUAAAAGCUCCUACAUCGGAACAGAUAUGGUUCUGAUUACACUCCUGUUGGCAAUGGCAGCCAACGCUGGUAUCUUGCUCCUCGUUCCUGCCGUUUAUGUCAUGCUAAACAUAACCUGGAGUACAGGGCUGUGUUUCUUUUACAUUUGGAUUUUUGGCUUCCUUCGUGCGGUCGGUCUCAUCGGACUGUUCAUACUCAGCUUCCACUGGUCCCAUGUUUCAAAGCUAACCCCUUUGAAUCGCAUCCAGAUGCCCAGUUUUCCAAUCAAAAGCUCUCUUCUGGUCACGGUGCUCAUCUCCAUAAUAGUAGGCAUCUUACCAUUGGUUCGCAUCCUGAUGCGACCCGACCCCUUCGAUAAAACUCUUCCCUGUAUGUUCCUUACCUAUGACGCCGAUCCAGCUCUGGCCAUUUUCAUCAUCAUUCUAACUCUGGUGGUUUUCUUUGCGAUUAUCAUCUGCCUCAUCGACUCCGGUCUUCUCCUGCACAGCUACAAGUCCAUGUUCCUACUCAAAUAUAAAUCCGGCGGCUACUACGACACCGAACGAGCUCGUGCCACGUGGAGUCGAACUGGCAUCAUCAGUGACACGUACUCGGAGAUCAACAACACUUUCGAUCUAUGGAGGGUCGUACUACUUCAGUUUCUUCUGUCCACUUUAAUCAACCACAUUCCAUAUUUGUGUAUAGAAUUUGUCCAGCUCUUCAACCAAAAUGCCCAUACAGAGGUCUUAAUGUUGACCGUUCAGUGGCUGCAGAUGAUGGAAUGUAUGCUGUUUCCUUUCACACUUUUGCUUGGAGCUCGCUACAGACAUGCUUUCGGACAUAUUUGUCGUUAUAUGUUCCUCUGUGACAGAUCUGUCUGUGAAAAAGAAUCAACCUGCAAGUUGCAAUCAUAUCGUCUAAAAGCCCACAUCCAGGAGCAAAAUUUAAAAUUACAGGAGCAUCUAGCAUCAAAGAAUGACCAAUCUCAUCCAGGGAAACCACAAAACAAGAAUGGGUCAGCGAUGCCAACAGAGAAAGAGGUCACUCUGUCCUCAGGUCAAGACAUGAAAACCCGCGUGCAAGCCGACGUGCACAUCUACUCCACAACCCCUACUCGGCAUCUGCUCAGUGUUUCAACCCCACGUCGGAAAUAUUCCCAGUCCGAGGCAAAUAUAAAUUUAAACCUGGAACGUACUGCGUCAUCAUCUCUGUUGCCUGUCAUUGCUGAGAAACAGCGGCAGAGAGCAGCCUCGAUCUCAUCUCCUGUUGAAUCCCCAAAAGAGAAGCGACAAAGCCCUCCUUCAGCUUCUGUCUCUGUUGUUGUUCAUGAUGAAAAUACUAAGAAUUACAACACAAACAAUAAUAAUGUUCAUGGUGCCAUGAAAUCUGCAGACAGUGAAUUGAACAGUUCAAAACCUUCAUCGCCCGUCAAUUCAGAAUCUAGCAGUGCUCAGACGUCGGAACUGUUCGAUGAAGAUGACAUUGCAGAAGUCCUUGAUCGAUCACCCUCACCACCACCACAUCCACUGUCACCACCUCCACCCACGCCACCGAAAGGAUGUGAAAAGGCAGUUAGCAGAGCACCAAUUGCUACUAAUGUAGCCGCCGCUAAGAGCGAUGAAGCAAAUGCAGUAAUGAGCAGUAGCAAUGAUAAAAUUAAUCAAGGUGAUGAUAAAGAUGUCCCAGAACCACCAACAAUAACUUUCUCAGGAGCGGAGCCCGUACAGCAAUCAACCACGACACAGGGUGAGAUAUGGACAUCAAAAUCUCAGUGUCUUCCCACAGCCCCAUCUGGUGUGAGUUUUGAUUUCCAUAGAACAAAACCUUAUUUCGAACCUAUUUCGGAAAACUCUAGCAUCAUCAGUGAGGAGGCACAUUCAAAAGGUCUCCAGUCAACGACUUUAUACAAAACCAAACCCUUGUACAUGCGCUCCGAAUCCUUCCUCCAAGCAGUGUCUUCCAGUUCUGCUUAUGGAAGCACUGCUAAACCAGUCAGCAAGUUCAAAUUGCUGUCCAAAACCUUAAUGUCUUUCAGCUGGUUAAAGAACAAGACGCUGCAGCCCAAUUCCUCUUUUUCUCACCGUUUUGAAUCCGCAGACAAUUCCCCAAAGACAUCGAUGAUUCCCAUGUUUAGUCGCAAGAAUAAACCAGAAGAAAAACCAGAAGAAGAUCAGUCCAAAUAUACGCUAACGACGCCAUCAGUAUCUCAGUCUCGGCGUAAGAGUGUCACAUUUAAACCGGAUGAUAGCCUGAUGCCUGAGAAGGAUGACGAUGACUCAGAGGAAAAAUCUAAGGAAGGAAACGACACGGUAACGAUUUCAGAAUCAGUCACGCUCUCUUCGACAAACUCAGUUACUUCGUUACUCAGUCAAAACAAGUCCGACGAGAAAGAUCAUAACACACUGACAGGAAUUGCAAACCUGGGGGCUGAUUUCACUGAUGAAUCUUCUGUAAAACCUCCAAAAGAGAAUCAGAAAAUCGAUGGAAAGGAUAAGGAGAAGUCGGUUGACGUCAAGAGGAAAAAUGAAAAUUACACUGACCACCACAUUGAAGAAAGGCAAACAGAGAACAGCACUCCCCUCUAUCAGUCAGAAAACACAGAUAAACAGAAACCACAGCGUGAAAAUACACCAGUCUCUUUACGGAAACUUCCACUUCCACCAUCACAUUUGUCUAAGAUUGCAGCUGCUACAGACAAAAAAAAGGGCCCUCCUCAGAAUCCAUUGAUCUCCCAACCUCUUGCUGUAUUAUCUAAAAGCAAAUCACCACCUUUCCCUCCACCACCACCGCCACCUGCAGCAGCAACAGCAGCCCCAUCACCACCACCACCACCACCACCACCACCACCGGCGCCUCCUCUGCCUUCAUCCACUGCGAAGACAAAUCUAGCAAGUCCUUCCACAAAUUGCCUUAAAAAUGCCGACAGUGAGACACCCAAUAAGAAUUCCCAGUCAAAGUCAUCAUCCCCUGAAGCUCAGACUCAGAAACGUCCGUCCCUCAUCACCAAUGAACUAUUGGCCUCUCACGAUAUCAUAAAACGUUUACGCAACCAAGCAGAAAAGCACAUGGUGGAGUCGUCUACAGAGAACAUGGACCUGAGCGACCAGAUCAGCAUUGAUACGACAACUGGAACCUACCUUCAAAGUGAUGAAGACAAAUCUGUCUCCGAAUGUGUCCAGGACUCUCUAUUGUUGUCCAGUUUUAAUCGAAUGUAUCGCAGUGUUUCAGACGAAUCCAUUUUCUCACACAUUGGCAGUGAAACCAAAGAGAUGCCACCUAGUCUCUCUAAAGCUACGGAUGAUCUAACCAUGGCUGGUUUUUCUGAUAUAAACCGAAGUCUCUUUUGGCCCAAUCUGAAAAAUGCUCGGCAAGGAACUCGGUCGGCAAAUGACCUUCAUUUGAUUGCUUAUGUUCCGCCGAUAGCAUCACGAACCAUUCCAGUACAGAAAGUUAAGGCUCUCCAAGCGACAUCUCCGGAUAGAAAUGUCAACAAACCUGAAUCUCUAGAGUAUGAAACUAGUAAAAAACUUGAAGAAAAUGAUGAAAAAGAUCAAGAUGAUAUCAGCGAUUCGUCAUCAACAGAUUCUUUGAAAUGUUUGAAAAUUCUUAAGAAAAUCGAACAGGAAUCUGAUAAAGAAAAAGUAGAACGGUUACGACAAGAACUCAUGGAUGUCGACACGCUUCGAACGUCCCCGCUUUUUAUACGGAAAUUGGAGAAAGAACUGUUAGCGAGGAAAAGAUCGGCUGAGAAAGUCGAAAAGCCUAUAAUGGCAAGCGUUCGGACUGUAGAAGGUCCAGAGAAGGUUUUACCACAAAAAUCCAUGUUUAACAUUGAUGAUGGUUCACCAAGGUCUCUGAAGAAAUUCCUUACCGAGGUUAUAGCAGAGAGGCAGGAUAUUGCCAAAUCUGCUGUUACAUCCUCACCUUCAUCACCAUUUGCAACGGCACCUCAGUCACCAUCCUACACAUCAUCACCAGCAAGAACAGACAACACGAUUAAUUCCGGCCAGACUGGCCAUGGUAUAAAUGCCAUUAUUGAUGUGAAGACAAUUGUUUGAAAACAACCAUUUCCGGUAUCUGUGUUCUUUAGGAGAG